CUUUUGUAUCGUUACCGAAUUUGUUGCAGAUUGUUUUUCUCUAUUACCUAUUAUUUAAAAUAGCAUUAGUGAUUUUAAUUACGGAGGUACCUAGUACAAAAGAGUAAAUGUAUAUAGAGAAUGGGUGGUAGGUACCUACAGAGAUGUUUUGUAACAAUGAUAAAAUAAAAGAAGAAAAAUCUGACCGUUUCGAGGUUUUUGAAGACUGUGCGACAAAACAAAAGAUUAAACAGGAACCUUUGUAUCAGCAACAUAUGAAGACGCAUGUUAAUCUCUACGACUCCCAAUUUGAUUCGAUUAAGCAUGAGCUAUUGCAGAAUGGCAAAGGCAGACUAGAAAUCCGGAGGCACAAACCUUCUUCCCGCGGGUGUCGUACGAGGCGACUAAGCGAAUGUAAAGGUGAACGGGCAGCUGCGAUCAACCCGUCUGUCCAGCGUGGUGAGCAAAUUCUCCCACUGGGAGAGGCCUUCAGUCCAGCAUUGGACAGCUGUAAGCAACUGAUCUCUGGUUCAGAAAUUAUACCGUUUAAUUACAACCAUGCUGAUACAAACUCACAUGUAAACACAGAGAACCACCUGGAUUUGUUUAAACAUGAAUUAGACAGCAGUUCAGAAAAGGAUGUUAAACAUGAUUUCAACAGCAGUUUGGAAAAGGACGACAAACUUGAAUUAAAUAGUAGUUCAGGAAAGGAUAUUAGUCAUUAUUAUACCCCAAGUCACUGGCGAUUUGACUUUUCAAAGUCGAAAUUUGGCAGUUUUAAAAUUGAAAGUCUCAGUAACUAUGUUGGGACGACAACAAAAUCAGAUUUCAGUUCGGUACCAGCGUCUUCUGGUAUUAACCUUAGCCCACCCACAAGUGACCAUUUCAAUUCUGAAAGCAACAAAAGGAUUCCUAAAAUGAAAAAUGUAUACCUUUGCAAAUAUUGCCCGUUUAAAUUUACAAGACAAGUUUGUUUUCUGAAACAUAUGAAAACUCACUUGGGAAAUGUAUUUCUAUGCGAUAUAUGCAACCAUGCGUAUAUGACCAAACGCAAUUUGGUUAAGCAUAUGUGGAAACACAUCCUAGUGGAACCCCAUUGUUGUAAAAUAUGCGGGUACGGUUUUAGACGCAGACAAGAAUUAAUAGGGGCUGAGAUGGCUCAAAAUUAUGACAUUAAAUGUAUAUGUAAAUGUAAACAGUACUUAGCCCAGCAUAAACUAAAGCAGAAAAAGGACAAACCUUUUUCUUGGUGUCUCUACAAUCACAAAUAUGCACGAUGGGGCCUAAUUCAGCAUAAGUCCAUUUGCAGCAAUAAGAGGCCUCCUUCAUGUCAACAUUGUGACCAUAAAUGCAACAGUAAAAAUGAUUUAAAUAACCACACAAAUAUACACCACAGCGGGAAGUCCCAUCAAUACAAGAAUUGUGACUAUAAGUGUUCCGGAUUAUUUCUUAUGAAGCAACACAAGUUCAUUCACCCGGGAGAAAAACUUAUCACCUGCAAAUUGUGCAAUUAUGUAUCUGGAUGUAAAGAAUACAUGGACAGCCAGAUCUCAAAACAGACUAGCGACGUUAAAUCUCCAUCUAGUAACACAACACCUGUAACAGCUGAUUGGUGCAGCAAGAAACAGUAUACUUGUGAUCUGUGUUAUGAGAAGUUUUCAUUAAAUAUUGAUCUAUUUAUUCAUAUGAGGGCUCACGUUGACGCUAAGUGGGUCCGACACUCUUAUUUAAAUAAAAUAAGCUUGAUAUAAUACAAAUAUAUUGGCUUGUUAUUUUUA